CAUGUUUGGUUAAUCUGACCCAUUCAAGAAAUUCCUUGAUUUCUCAGAUCUCUCCCUUGAACUGAUCAAAAAUAAAGAUGGAGAAGAUGGGUUUUACCAAUUUAUUGUUCUUGCUCAUGAAUUGGUUUAUGUUAUGGUUAAUGGUUAAUAAUACCUGUCCAAAUUUGGUACAGGCGCAGGUGCAGCAACCACAAGUGCCUUGUUUCUUUAUCUUUGGUGAUUCACUGGUUGACAAUGGCAACAACAAUAGGAUUCUUACUCUUGCUAGAGCGAAUUACCGGCCUUAUGGUAUCGAUUUCCCUCAGGGCACCACUGGCCGAUUCACCAAUGGUCGAACCUACGUUGACGCUCUUGCGCAACUUCUUGGAUUUCGUAAUUAUAUUCCACCCUAUGCUAGAGUCCGAGGUCCUGCUUUAUUGAGGGGAGCCAAUUAUGCUUCAGGCGCAGCCGGUAUUCGCGAUGAAACAGGCGAUAAUCUGGGUUAUCACACAUCAAUGGAUCAACAAGUAGCCAAUUUUGCAAAUACAGUGCAAGAACUUAGUAGAUUCUUCAGAGGAGACACAAAUCAAGUUAAAAAUUAUCUGGGCAGAUGUAUUUUCUACUCAGGGAUGGGAAGCAAUGACUACCUAAAUAACUAUUUUAUGCCCAGUUUCUAUUCAACUAGCUCGGAUUACACUACUCAAGCAUACGCUAACCUUCUUCUUCAAGAUUAUACACGACAAUUAACUCAAUUGUACAACUUGGGAGCUCGGAAGGUGAUCGUAACAGGCGUUGGACAAAUAGGUUGCAUACCUUACCAACUAGCACGCUACCGCGGCAACAGCAGCCGAUGCAAUGAAGACAUCAACAAGGCCAUUACUCUCUUCAAUACUGGACUUCUCAAACUUGUUAGCCGCAUAAAUUCGGGCCAAUUGCCCGGAGCCCGAUUCGUUUACCUUGAUUCUUAUCGAAGCACUUACGAUCUCUACACCAAUGCAUCCUCAUAUGGAUUUGAAGUGAUAGACAAAGGAUGUUGCGGAGUGGGAAGAAACAAUGGGCAGAUUACAUGUCUUCCUUUUCAGCAACCUUGUGCCGACCGUACUAAGUACUUGUUCUGGGAUGCUUUUCAUCCUACUGAGGUUGCUAAUAUUGUCUUUGCCAGGACAUCCUUCUCUUCUAAUUCCUAUACUUAUCCAAUUAGUAUACAACAAUUGGCAAAUCUAUGAAGAUAUUCUGUACUGAUGCUUCGUCACGACGUCGUUUCCUUGACUCCCCACAUCGAUGCCUCCACACGACGUCGUUUGUUUGUUUGUUUUUUUUUUUUAACUUCCUGUAUUGAUGAUGGCUGCAGACGACUACUUUCUAGUAUUCUUUUGAUAAGUGCUUUUCCUGGGAAUGGAAGCAUUAAUUUCAUGAA